UGCGAUUGCUAAAUGGAUUAAUGUCAUUAAUGCUACUGCUUAUAAGUAGCCGUUUGUUAUCUCUUCAUUAACAUUAACAGCACUUCUGGGAUCGAUGGUUUUUCCCACUGGUUUUUUUUCAUAGUAAUAAUUUCAUUCAGUGAAACGUUCAAUUCCCUGAUAAAUGGAAAUUUGUAUAUUGUUUCCUUUGCUUUUUUGGCACAGCAGUACUUCUAGCGCAAUAACAGUGGUGAAGCAGAAUGAAUAAAUUACCGGAGGAGAUGCUAAGAGCCGUCUUUGUUUACUUGCCAGGGUCAGAUCUUCUGCCGGUAUCCCUUACAUGUCGCCGGUGGUUUAAUUUAUUAAAGGAUUCUGUCCCAAGUAUCAGUGCUAUCCACAUUUCUCUGGAUAUAUCGGCUUGUUCAACUCGUCUUCUAGAAGCAUCCCUAUCGGAAGCAGCUCUUGCGGUAUGUUUAUGUCCCGGACAUGCGCAAAAACACGCUGUUCUAUUACAAUCACUGUUUGAAGCUGCUGGUAAACAGCUUGCAACUUUAGCUGUCGAGGAUAAUCUUAUACCAAAGGAAGGAAUGGAGACCCAAAUUCCGGAUAUGACUGUUCACGCACUGCUUAACAGUAUGCCGAAGUGCUUACGGGCUUUACAUUUCCAGGGCGUUGAUUUCUCGAAAGUUAGACCAUGGACAUUUGCGCUACUCGUAAAAUUUAAAUCCUUAGAAGAACUGUAUAUACUGGAUGCAGUGCUCCCAAUUGACAAUGAAUCUUUGUUCGCUAGAAUGAUUUCUCCAUCGUUCGAUACCUUAACAAACAUUUCUGUUACUAAUAAUGCGCAGAUCACGGAUAAGUUCGUGUCUACACUGGCGCGACGUUGUCCCAUCUUGCAAACCGUAAAUUUGAAUGGAUGUAAGCGUAUUACUUCAUUAUCUGUGCUUGCUUUUGCUGAAAAUGCGUCGCAUCGAAUUACGGAACUAACGUUUAUUCAUGUCCAGGCAACGAUGUUUAAUCCUAACUUGCUGCAACGAUAUUUGUCAUCACCACUACUAACUGGUGGAAAUUACUGGAGAGCAAAUGCCCUGAAACUGGAAAUAGGAUUUCAGCAUGAUGCAAUUUGUUUGGAGAAUAUUUGUCGCACCAAUUUGUCCAUAAUCGUCUUUAUUUGACGGAUCUCGAAACCGAGCACAUCGUGACAUUGUUCAUAUUCCUUCCAUAAUAAAGUGAAACUUUUUUUUUGCUCCAGAUCACCGCUUUUUCUGAUAAAGAAGUAGAUUUCUAGUUUUCUGGUUUCUUUUUCUCUGUAUUUUGUUUUGCACUUUUUUUUGCAGUUAGCUCUGCUCUUUUAUCGCAUUCAUGUUUCCAUCGCUUAAACACGUAUUUAUUUUUACCGUGAAAUACAAAAUCUAUCGUUGUAAUUCCUCGGCAAUAUCUAGUAAUAUGAGAAACAUUAUGUUUCAUUAUUGUUAAAUUAAAUGCCAACUUUCAAUUUUCCAAAAAAAAAUAAAACUCACCAAAAAUAUAUUUACAGUAUUCAUGUGGGACUGCUACAUUAUCAUAGCACGGUUCUAAUGAAUACGUAAAAGCAAUUCCG